GAUUCAGCAAGCUUGCUAGGUCGAACUUAGAAGCACAGAGCCGCGGAAGGGAUAAAGCGGAAAGGCGAUCCGGCGGAGCCCCAGUCGAUCAGCGAUUCCUCGAGGGCGACCAGUCACCGGAGUCCUCCGCCGCCGCCAGACGCCGUCGACGGCGCUGUUUGACAGCACCUUCAGCGCCGUCCGCAUCCGAUAGCCCCAGCCGAGGCGAGGUUCGUGGAGAAAGGUGAAGCCUUUUUCGGCUUCGUGCGGAAGCGGGCCUGAUUCGUCGACUGCCGACUUACCUGUUUUCCAGAGAUAGAGCUUGCCGGCGCGAAGCUGCAGAGGAAAAUGGCGAAGAAGAAACAACCGAACAGCGGGAAGGGGGAGACGGGUCCUGAAUUGGACAUCAGGACGAUCAGGAGGGAUGUCGAGUUCCUGGGAUCAUCUCGUAUGACAUGGAAAGAGAGGAAGGAGCUAGAGAAUAAAAAGGUGGUUUCCUUAGGUGGUAAGGCACCUAAGAAGCAGCGACUGCCUCUGAGUGUGGCUCGACCCAUGAUGAAGAACCAGAAGAAAAGAGAAGAGAAAAUGUGGCAAGAGAAUAUGAUCCUUCAACGAUUUGGGGGGAAGUCUAGUAGUUGGAGCAGCGCAGGGAGGCCGGAGGAUAGGCGCAAGCCCGAGGACAGAGUAUUGAAGUCGAUUGAUGGUCAUUUCAAGAAAGGGGUCCUCAAUGUGAAGCAUUUACUACAACCGACCCCAUCCGGAGACGGUGAGAACAAUAAGAGGAAGAGUUUCGGCGGGAAAGGCAAGAAGAAAGCUGGGAAGAAGUCCGGAGGAAAGAAGCGCGGCGGUAAGAAGCGCCACUAAUCGGCAGCCUGCUGAAUUUUCCGUUCCUUGUGCAACAGAACACAUGGAUGCUGACCAAUUUUGCUCUGGAUGAUAUACUGAUGUAUCAAGUUUUUAUAUAUAUAUUUUGUAGUUGUGUUCCUUGGAACUUCUUUCCCUUCGGGUUAGGUCCUAUCCUUCCUCAAACCAGGAAAAGAAUUGAGACGA